AUGGCAUCUUCUGAAACGGCAGAGAUGCCGACAUACGUCGUCACAAUGAGGACAUUGCGAAAUGUUACCACGGCAGAAGAUCUCAUAGCCGCAUGGCCCACGCUGAAAGCCAAAGCUCUGUCUUCUCCGCCAGGAGUUACUGAGGCAGAGCGUCGUAUGCUUCUUGAUCUGCCUGACGAGGACGUUGAGAGUGCCAACAUCGCUAUUGCCACCAAUCUUUCACGUGACCAGCUUCUUGAGAAAGCCAUUUCUCACCACGAAGACCUCACGAGUGAGGAGGUUGCAGUACUGAAGAAUAAGUUCUGGACUCCGAGGACACGUGAGGAGUCUAAAGUUUAUCUCAAAGCAAGAAAAUGGAUCAGUUUAGAGGCAAUAGAAGAAGAUUGUGUACUCUGUCAGCACCUUGGCCCGCUUGAGAUGGCUGCAUUUUCCAUCGCCAUGCACGAGUUCUGGUCAAGAGAUCGUGCCGCCUAUAAUGCGAAGAAAGCCAUUAUUGCGAAUGGCGCUUUACCUUUCGCGAAGAAAUGGAUCCAAGACUUGUAUGAACAAGGAAAGCCGAUAGGGGUUAUGUGGCUUCUUCCAGGAUGCGUUAAAGUUCAACGCCCAGAUAAUGAGGACAAUGUGUCCACGGACGAUGAAACCAACUACCAAAGGGCCGCUGCCCUUCGAAAAGCUUUCAAGUCAAUCGUGGAUGAUCCAGAUGAGUACCAAGAGUCCGAUGGUGUCCAUCCUCCAUAUUGUGGGAAGACAUUCACAGGAAAUAUGAAGAAUGGUAUUGCUGGUUCUGGACUUCUUACAAACACCUUCCUUGUCAUCGAUCCUCCGUGUAUCGACCUUGUGCUGUCACAAAGUCCGUUUUACGACGACUUGCGCGUUCUUGUAAUCGAAGCUGAUUUCCCGGUCAAGGGGCAUGAGUAUGUGGAAGGGUAUGAGGGGUUCACGUGGGUUAGGUUGGAUCAAUUGGUCUACAAUUUCUACGAGCUACGAAUGGUGAGAAAUGGAUCGACCGGGAUGGACGAGAUCUGGGAAGCAGCCCAAAGGAGUAGGAACCAGGCCUUUGUAAGUAUGGAGGCAGGAGAAGAUCAUUUCACAGGGUCGCGCCGGAUGGCUGGCUUUACGCGUGACAGCGUACUUGGGAAAGACUUCUACCCAAUGUAA